AUGUCAGUCCAAACGAAGGGACCGAGAGAACGGAUUCCGGCUCUCGGUAUGACCGGACAGUUUCUCGAUGGACUGCGACACGGUACGGGAAUUCUCUACCGGUGGAAUAACACGCAAUACAUCGGCGAAUGGCAAUCCGGCAAGCAGCACGGAGUAGGGACUUUCCUCGAGAACGAUGAAACCCAACACACCACCAGGUUGGAGUACGAAGGUCAGUGGUCGUUCGAUAAGAAAGACGGAGAAGGAGCCGAGAUUUUAUCGGACGGUACGAAAUACGUAGGAGAGUGGAAGGCGGGUAAUAAGAACGGCCACGGGACCGAGACCCGUGCGAACGGAGACACCUUCGAGGGACAGUUCCAGGACGAUCUGUUCAACGGCGAGGGGGUGCACACUUUUGCGGAUGGGGACAAGUACUUCGGGCAGACACACAUUAACAGUGACAAUCUAAGGACAUUUUGUGUCAUGCAAAAACUGCAUGACAUCUUCCAGACCCAGACAUUUUUGCAGUUGAUACGCUGCUCUAUCUCCCGCGAGCGCCCCCGUGGUGGCAAUGGUGGCGGCGACGGUGGUAUCCUGUGCAAAACUAUCGUACUCGUACUAAUCGCAGGCAUGCAUUACAAAUUCUGUUCUCAAUGUAAAUCCGCACUACAAAUUUAAUUUCUCAUGCUGAGGGAAUUUGUCAUGCAUUUAUACGAGUGCGAUGCUUUUGCAUUCCAUAGGUGGCACCACUUUGUGGGUCGGUGGUUUGCCCGAAUCCGUGCGGGAGGACGACGUGCGCGACGUUUUCAGCAAGUUCGGAAAGGUAUAGUGAUGUAUUUUGGACUACACAAGGCUUUUUUAGCAAUAGAAAAGGAGGAGCCCGCUAUCCCGCUGCCGCAUGACAAAGUUGAAGUGCGGGAUACUUGUCUGGGACUUUCACAACUCAUCUAAUAUGCGAAAGACAAAUCAUGGUGGGUGCAAGAACAGGAAAAAAUCUGUGAUUGCAGUCCGUGCAUGAUAAACUGUAUUUCAGAUGCAUGGUUCCUUUCCAUAUCAAAAACUCCAUAUCACAGAUCGUCGACGUGCGCAUGAAGAACAGCGACGUUCGCAAGGGCCCCCCGUUUUGCUUCGUCGAGUUUACCGAUCGUGGAGAUUACGAAACAGAAAUUGAGUCACAGUCAUGCUGAACUAGAACUCGCACGGCAACAAGUUGAAUGAUUUUUGCAACUACUAGAGUAGUGCGGUUCAUCAGCCUUUGAUAGAAAAGACUUGUGUUGCAGGGGAGCAACUUGUAUGGAAUAGAGUGUAUUGGUAUUCAGUCUAAAAAUUGUGUAUUCCUUUCUUCAAAAAGACUGACUUGAUUUUUUUGUAGUGCGAGUUCAGUACAACGACUUUGGUCUUUCUCAACCUUUCCAUACCCGUGCGCAGGACGCUAUCAAAGAUCUGGAUCAAUCUCGUCCCUUCCGCAAGGACGACAAGAUCACCGUGCAGUUCACUGCAGAGAAGGGCUCCAAGGGCAAGGGCAAGCGCCGGUACGACUCCCGGGACCGCGGCAGGGGCAAGGGCCGCUACGACUCUCGUGACCGCGGCCGCCGGCACAGCGGGGGGAAGGACCGCGACCGCAAGGGCAUCUCGAGGGCCAAAGGUACUAUGUACGAAUGUGCUUUUUAUUGUUCUUGAGGUUUUUCAUCUGUAUGACGAGGGAUAAUCGCGAAUUUGUUUGUUCCGAGGAGGACAAAUUUAAACCACUAUGCUUCCCUCCGCAUAAUUACAAAUUGAAAUUCUAGGUGAGUUGUCGGAGGGCGCUUACAAGAUCACGUUGGAAGGAAUUCCGAACGACAUGACCUGGACCGAUAUGGGAUUCAAGAACACUUCCAGCUCUUGAUCGUAGAAUCAAUGAGAGUUUGUGAUGCAGAACCACAUUGGCACUACCGCUAGCUUCACUCUCUACAACUGUGGUUUUAUGCAACACAAAUUCACAAAUUCUGCGCUCGAGAAGCAAGAAAUUUCUCAUUUCCAUACUCUAGUUGAAGGAAAUGGGAAGGCAGCAUGUGGGCGGGGACAGAUACAUGGAUGUGACGUUUGCCCGCACCUUUCGCAACCGCCAGGGCACGGCCUGCGGCAUUUUGGAGUUCAAGAGCAGGUAUAGAGAUGAAUUCGACUUGAUAUAAUUUCGGAGUUUUAUCGCAAGAAAAAACUGUUUCACUGUAAACUUGUGAUGCAGAAUAAAAUGGAUCGCAGAAGUGUGUGUCAUGCUACACAUGCAAGACGUACUUCUUUAUCUUUUCAGGUCUAUGGCUCAGGAUUUGGUGGACAAGUUGGAUGACCGAAAGAUUAAGGGCUGGGAUGCUAUCCGGAAUUUUGCGGGGACCAGUUCGAGUCAAGUUGUCAUGGGGGUAGUUUGUAUUGCAAAAUUUUGCAUGAUAUCGGCGAUGAACAGUUUCAUCUAUUAACUUUGCAUCACAAGGAAUUGUAAGAAGUAUGCAGAUUAGCAGGAUCAGCUGGAAGAUUGUUCUGCAAACCGGUAUUUGGUCGAGGUUCUUUCUGCACCAUUAUAAUUCUGAUUUUGCAAUUACAAAAAAAACAUUUUCUUUGACCACUCGAAGUUCCUUUACACCUCGAUAGCACAGCGUCUGCGGGUCAAGAUGGGAGACCACUCUUGGGACUGA